AUGGCAGUUCCCAUAUGUUACCGUUGUCGUGUCCGAUCACUUGAAUGCCUUUAUCCACGUCCCUCGACACGACGAACCCUAGCGCGAAGUUCAAAAGCUCUUCCUCAAGAAAUCGCAGGAACCACAGUGGACGAAUCUCAAACAGAGUCACAAAGUGCGAGUAUUGCAUCUGAUAUAACCUUCGAUGCUGAUAACCUCGCCUUGCCGCCUUUCCCAGACUAUGACUUGGAUUGGCAGGAAGCAAUGACAAAUCUCAAUGACUUCUUAGUACCUGACUUAUUGAAUCCGCACGACACGGCUGAGAAGAGUGUUUUGGCAGGCGAAAAAUACCAACGUCGUAUCGUAUACACCAUUGAGCGGUUCAAGUCAUACCCCAAGCAGUUGGUUCUUCACGGUCAGGUGCCUUUCAUUCAUAGAAGAGUUGUCGAAAAAUAUCUGCCCCCGCCAAUUACAAGAAUAUUUGCCAUUUGUGCGCUUUAUGAGAGAAAGUGUGAGACGAAUCAGCAGCUGAUUUACAGUACUAUUCAGCAAUAUGCUGAUGAGUUGAUUGACCUUACACAACUGGCCGACUCUGACGUCGAUUUAUUAUCUUCGGUUCAGGCAUUUAUUCUACUACAGAUAGUUCGCUUGCUGGAUGGAGACAUUCGGCAAAGAGCAAAUGCUGAGAAUGUGGAGACCUUCUUUGUCAGCAGCAUUCGGCGCCUACAACAGCGUAUGAAAAGUGUUGAAGACUCGACACAAAUCAUGAGCAGUCAAUUGAUGACGCCAGGUUCUGAUGCCUGGGAGGGCUGGUGUCUUGCUGAGAGCCUGAGACGCACUGUUAUAAUAGGAUACAGCCUGCAUGGGUUGUAUUCAUUCCUGAAGAACGGCUGGGACGAUGCUCACCAUGAAUUUCCGGUGCUAUCGUUUUUUGGUCAAAGGGCUCUUUGGUCCGCCACUUCGAGGUUUGAGUGGGAAUCUGCUGUUGGUAAAUGUCAAUCAUUGCCUAUACGCUUCGCUCAUUGGGAAACGGAUAUGGCCAUGGCGAAACCAGAAGAAAUGGACGAACUUGGUGUUAUUAUGAUGGCGCUUACCACUGGAAUAGACGAUUGUUGUCGUUGGGUUGGGGACAGGCUACUUGAACAAUUUGGUCUCAAGCCUUAA